AUCGUUGAAGUGGUGUGAGACCGUCGGUGAAUGAAACCAGUGAAUUACAGCAGAAUUGGAAGGUACAGCUGAGGUUUAGACAACUGAUACACGUUGUGCAUCGUGAUAUGGCAAAAGACCAAUCCAAGGUACAGUGGAAUGAAGACAAGAUUCAAAAAACAGAAUCAUCUGAAAAAUCAAUGAAUAGAAGCAGAGAGCGGCGGGAGCUGGGCGGAAGUUCAGGCGGAGUGCAAAGCCAGUCGGGAAGGCCUGUGAGUUCUCUAAAACAGACCUUUGAUCGUUCUCUUGUUGGAAAAAGUCCAAGAUCCAGAACAACAGAAUCUCGAUACUUGGGAACAUUAGAAAUCUUGGACACAAAGUCUUCAGGAAAUGCAACGUUUAACUGUGAAACUGCAGACACAAUCAGAGCAUCCAUAUAUCAGGUAUGGCUAGAAAAGAAAAAACAAGUUGUUCAUGAAGAGCAGAAAAAACAAAAGCUGAAAGAACAGCAGGAAACUGAGAGGAGAGAGCAGGAGAAGCUUGAAAGCAAAAAGGAAGCAAAGGUUUCAUUUGAGGCCUGGAAGGCAAAGAAAAAAAGUGUGCUUAAAGAAUCCUCCAGCAAGAAGAAAGAGGAGGAAAAGAAAAAGCAACAAGCAGAAGUAGAGAAUGAACAGCGGAAGGAAGUAGCAAAGAAGGCUUUUGAAAAAUGGAAAGAAGAGAAAGAUACGCAUCAGAUGGAAAAGCUUAAGAAACAAAAAGAAAUUGAGAAAGAGAAAAAGAGAAAAGAAAAGGAACAUGUAACUGAAAAGAAGACAGAAAAUAUUGCAGCAUUAAUUAAAUGGAAUUCAAAUAAAAAAGUAGAAUUGAAGCAAAAGAUGAAGAAAAAUGCUGAGGAAGAACAGAAGAAGAAAACUGAAGAAGAGUACACGAAGUAUGAGAGAGAAGAGAUGGCAUCAGUAAUGUAUAAGAAAUGGCUGGAACAAAAGGAAAAGCAGCAAAGGCAUGAUAAGAAGCAAAGGAAAAUCAGGAGAAUUUUGCAACAUGAAUUUUCUAUAUUCUGUGUAAUCCCGGAUCCAUCCGACUUGAGUAUUCGAGAAUUCCAGAUGUCACUAAGAAUCUUCAGCUUACUCAGUUCCGUUACUCUUUCCAACAUUUUGGAUUCUUUAAAAUCAGAAUGAAGCCUGUAGAAUCUUGUCAGAUGAUCUCCCAAACACCUCAUUUCUACAUUACUGCAAUUGAAAUUAAUAUUGCUAAUUUAUUUAGUCCAGGUCAGCCA